AUGCCACUUGGCGAGCCAGGAGCUCGACCAAACAAGUCAGGAAGAGAACACGAUGGAGAAGGUCAUGGCCGGCAUUAUGGUUAUGAUUGGCAUUAUCCACCACCACCUCCUCAUUUCUAUCCACCACCACCAGGGGCUCACAUGAUGGGAUACCCACCUGGACCACCACCGUUUGGACCUCCUCCCUUUUUCCAUCACUUAGGACCCCCACCAGGACCACCACCAGGGCCGCUGCAUUAUCCUCACCAUAACAAGAGCUAUUGGGGAGAUCACUCAUCAAGUCUGGCUCAUAUGAUGGAAGAUUUACAUCCACAUCAUCACCCACAUAGACAUCCACAUAAACACCCACACAGACAUCCACAUGGACAUCCUCAUCAUAAGAAACACCAUUGGCAUGAUAAUUCAAUGCCACCUCAUAUGAUGGGACAUCCUCCUCCACCACGUCAUAGAGGAAACUGGAAUGAUUACUCGACACCUCCUCAUAUGAUGGGUCCACAUCGUCCACGAUCUCCGUCAUACCGUAGAGAUGGUGACCAUAAAAUGAAAACAGGAUCCCCUAUCACUCCUGGAUCGCUGAUAGCUACCGGGUCCUCUAGCAAUUCGAAGUUUGAUUCAAAUCCAUCAUCACGAUCAGGAUCAAUUUCUACUUAUGUACCAACUCAUCAACAUCUAGCUAAAGAUAAUGAGGACCGCAAUCCUCCAUUUAUAAUUCCUCGUCUAGGAGGAUCACUGGUUUCUGGAUACUCACAGUCAUAUCAUUCUAGUGAUGCGAAGAAUGAUAGCAGAUUAUCAGAAUCUUCAAGAAGCACUUAUGAGAUGUGUGAGGGUCUAAAUUCGCCUCAUGCAAGAGGUGUACAUGGAGAUCAAGAAGGCUAUGAAGAACCAUUUUCAAAUUAUGAAUUAAUGAAAUAUGAAUUGCCGAAUUGGUCUUCUUUGAACAAAUUGCUCGAUUAUUAUUAUAAAUAUAAUCAUUCCAAACACCAAUUGCUAUCGAACAAACAGGAAUUGAUCAAAAGGAUAUCUUUAAAUUCAGAUAGCUCAAUUUUACAUGCGAUAAUUUCAACUGUCUGUCUAUUAGAUGAUAGGUUUGAAUGUGAAACAUACUGGGUAGAAAGAGUCUUCAAGUAUUGGGAUAAUUUGAAUGAUUUUGGGAUGUUGUUAUCUUACAGCUUAAUAUCCCAAAAUUCCUUAGUGAAAUCUGACCUAAGUAGACUAAAUGACUUGAACUCCAAGAUAUGGGACCUUAUAAAAGUCAACAAAUUCAUAGAUAUUGUCAAUGAACCAAAAGAAAAUCUUAAUUCGAGACAAAUGUAUGAGAAAGAAAGACUAAUUCGGAUAAUAUGGAAUUAUUGGAUUAACCAUGUGGUUCUUGUUAAAUUCAAGCAAGGCUUCCCAAGGUACCAAUUAUCCAAGGAAGAAGAAAAUGUCAAAUUAAACGAUGAAGUAUAUAAAUACAUGUCUAAUUUAGCAUUACCAUUAAGUGACAAAGAAAACUUAGAAAUGAAAGGUAAAAGAAAGAAUUGCGAGGUAUUAGAUACCACUGAUUUGUCAAAAGAUGAACUAGCUGACUCACAUGCUGUAAUUUUAGCAACUAAGAAAUUGGAUACUACAAUUAAAAAGAUAAGCCUAGGCGAAUUGACAGAAGAAUCAGAGCUCAAUAAUGACUUGAAUAAUUAUGUCAAUGAUAAAGUUUUGACAAUAAAUCAAAACAAUACAGUAUUAAUUAUUAACUCGUCAUAUCUAUUGGCGAGCUUUAUAACUAAGACUAACGAUUGCUUACAUAGUUCCUUUUUCAUUAGUGAUCUAAUUUUUUCUGGAAUGUCUAAAACCCAAUCUGAGGUCAAUAAAUUUAUUCCGUUGGCAGAUGAAUUUUCAGUAAGAAGCAUGUUUAAUUUUGAUGGCUUAUCUAAGUUGAUUGAAGAAUUGUCGACAUUUCAGUGGAACUGCUUAACCAAUCUUAUUACUUCAAUCUCAGAUAUAAUAAAAUUGAUUGAAAUUGGCAGUGGUGUUGUACCAGAUGAGGAAACCAAAUAUUUGGUUAUUAUAGGAGUUACUGCAAUGGAUAGGACUGAUAAUUGCUCCUGGUGGGAUAACUCUGAAUUGGUUACCGACUUGAAUGAUUCGUGGUACAAAUAUCCAGAUUUUGCUCUUUAUUCAGCAUGUUCUUUGCUUUCUAUGCUUGUCAGCUUAAUAGUAUUAACAAAAUUUAUUAAAUUCAAGAAAGAUGACUCAAAAUUAAAGAUUAAAUUAUUAAAUACUAGUGGCGAACGUGAAUUGGAGCUUCCUACUAACCAUCAAUUUAUUGAUGAAUUUAAUGACAAUAUAAUGUUGAAAAAGUUAUCCGCUUUAAUUAAUUUCAUCAAGUUUAAAUUGCAGGCAAACAAUUAUAAAACAGAGCUAAUCAGUGAAACGAUGGAAAAGUUUGAUCAAAUUAAUCUCUACAUAGAGGAAACUUUGGGUGCAAUUUCCAACUAA